AAUUCAAUUUGAUUUUGAAAAUCCCAAAAAGAAAAUUCAUUUUUAUUCAGUUUCAUACGAGUUCUUCAUCAACAUUUUUUUUUCUAUUUUGCAACCACAUGGAUGAAAAGAAUGAUGUUGAUAAAGUUGAUGAUGUUAUGUUGCCUGGUUUUCGAUUUCAUCCAACAGAUGAAGAGCUUGUAGGAUUUUACCUCAAGAAAAAGAUUCAACAAAGACCUUUGCCCAUUGAGCUGAUUAAACAACUUGAUAUAUAUAAAUAUGAACCCUGGGAUCUUCCAAAGCUAGCAGCAUCAGGGGAGAAGGAAUGGUAUUUUUACUGUCCAAGGGACCGAAAAUACCGGAAUAGUGCGAGGCCUAACAGAGUCACCGGAGCCGGUUUUUGGAAGGCAACCGGGACCGACAGGCCUAUAUACUCAUCUGAUGGCACUAAAUGUAUUGGUUUGAAGAAGUCCCUUGUGUUCUAUAGAGGCAGAGCUGCUAAAGGGAUGAAAACUGAUUGGAUGAUGCACGAAUUUCGGCUACCUUCGAUGUCGGACUCGAUACCACCAUCAAAGAAGCUCUUUGACAAAACCCUUCCUGCAAAUGAUGCAUGGGCUAUUUGUAGGAUAUUCAAAAAGACUAGUACCAUGGCUCAAAGAGCACUUUCCCACACUUGGAUUUCCUCAUUGAACCAUGGUGCGGCUUGCAGUCAGCUCAGUUCGGAGAACAUUUCUUGUACGACCGAAAUUGGAUCAACGAUACCAUUAUGCAGCAACGGUGAACUACAACAAGACUGCAGUGCCGGCUUUUCGGCUCUAGAUAUUCUUUCGUAUAAAUCAUUCCAUCAAACAGUCUAUAGGCCAUCUCCAUUUCAUGUUUCCAACGGAGACCUUCAUAACAACAUGAUGUUUUCUCAGCUUGACAACAUGUCUGGAUCAUCCCCAAAGUGCACUAUUGAUACCUCUUCCAUGCUGUUGAGCCCACCGUUGAUUAGCAAUGCCUCAGCAAGUACCGAUUUCCGAGGGCAACAACACCAAUACGGCAACUUUUCGAUCAGCUCGCCCCAGGACAUGCAAGGCAAUGGAGGUGGAGCAGAAAGCGAGGAAGGAACAAGGAAGACGUCGGAUUCAAUCCCAGACUAUAACCAUUUAUCGAUGGGGUUUCCUUUCAGAUUGUCUCCAAAUAUGCCAGAUUCAUGGAAACCUAAUCUACCAUGGGAUUCACCACAAUGUCCUAGUGAGAUGUCCACCACUUAUUCAACUGACAAAUGCUACACUUAAAUCAGCUGUCGACUAGUUUUGGGGUAAUUAAGUUGGGAACUAGUAUGAACAGCAGACCUGUUUAUGGUAUUAUUGUACAGUUUUCACAUAUUCCACCUAGAUAUCUUAGGCUGAAUAUUUAUCUAGUAUAUUUGUUUCCAUUUCCAAA